CAAACUCCUUCCUCUGAGAGACGCAGGGAAAUCUGUUUCAUCUGCAGCGGAGACAUUUCUCUUCUGCUUUAAGAUCCUUCAAGAAACUGAAGUAAACUUUGUUGUUUGAUGAGAACGUCACAGUGAGGUUAGUCCUGAGAAUUACAGUAAAUUCAACUUCCACCUUGAACUAGGAGUUUGGUCACAGGAUGGUUCGUUGACUGGAGGUCGUCACGUGAGUAAACUCCACCCGUUCUCCAGGAGCAGCGGCCGGUUUGAUCACCUGCUCAGUUCGGUGUCUGCGAAUCCCAACCUCCUAACAUGGCUGCCCUCGGCGUGCUGCUGCGGCUGCUGGCCGUGACGGCCGUCUGCAGCGGGAGUUUGGUUGUGGUGAACUCGGGCGUGGAGGUCGCCAGGGGUCGCUCGGUGUUCGUCACAGAGAAAGAGCUGAAGAUCAGCGUGGAUCCGGGCGCAGACUGUAAGGUGGAGGUGGUGAUGAACGAAGCCGUCACCCAGAGAGUGGGCCGGCUCACGCCACAGGUGUUCGACUGCAGCUUCCUGGAGGACGAGGUCCAAUACGUCCACAACGGGAGUCCACUGCUGGACGAGGACACGGUGAUGCUCAGAGUCUACAGGUUCACGUCUUCAGACACGCUGGUGGAGACGCUGGUCCUGCUGGUGCGGGUCCUGGACUCGGGCUCUGCUGUGGUGGAGCUGGGCCUCGUUCCUCUGGUGGUUCCUCAGUUCUACGCUUUGUCCAACGCCAUCGACGGCUCCGUGCUCCGCAUCAGGACCACGGCCGACCUCGUCUGCACCGUCAGGCUGACGACCACCGACACCAACGUCCCGGCGCUGGGUCAGCUGGUGAGGGAGGAGGACGCCACGCUGAGGAAAGGCAGAGAGACGGCGGCGCUCUGUCCGGGAAACAAACCCUGUCGCCAUGACACCAAGGAGGUUCGAUUCCUGAAAACCAGCUGCCAGGACUUCCUGAGCUCCGGGCUGAAGUACCAGCACCUCAGUCCUCCAUCGCCAGAGAUCGACUACAUCCCCAUCAGGGUGGAGCUGAGGGAGCAGAGCACACGGGCCCUGCUGGAGUCGGAGGCGGUGUGGUUACCAGUUUUGAUCCACGGUGCGAUGCAGAACCAGCCGCCCCAGGCCGCCUUCAUGGCCUCCUUCAUCCUGGAGGUGGACCAGUUCAUCCUCACGCCGCUCACCACCGCCGCCCUGGACGCCAACGACCACGAGACGCCGCAGGAGAGGCUGGUUUUCAACGUGACCGUCCCGCCCCCCGAGGGCUACGUCACCCACCUGGACGACCACACCAAGCCCGUCGGGUCGUUCACCUGGCAGGACCUCCACGAGAUGAAGGUGGCCUACCAGCCGCCCAACGGCAGCCAAUCACAUCGCAGGAACUAUGAGGUGGAGUUCCAGGUUAUAGACGGCUCCUAUAUGACCAGCCCACCCAUCAUGGUGCACAUCUCCAUCCGGGUGGCGGAAACAAACGCACCCAGAGUCUCCUGGAACAUGGGUCUGGACCUGUUGGAGGGUCAGUCUCGACCAAUCACCUGGGAGGAGCUGCAGAUCGUCGACAACGACAACAUCGAUGGUGUCCACCUGGUGGCGGUGGACGGUCCCCUGCACGGUCGGCUCAGUGUCAGAGACAGGAAGGCGUUCAUGUUCCGAGUGCAGGACCUCAGGGAGGGCGUGGUCGUCUACCAUCACUCUGACAGCGACACCACACGCGACCACGUCGUCUUCCGCAUCAGCGAUGGCCGGCACAGCAUCCGACACAAGUUCCCCAUCAACAUCCUGCCCAAGGACGACUCACCGCCGUUCCUCAUCAACAACGUGGCGGUGGAGGUGCAGGAGGGCGGCGCCGUGAGGCUGGAGGAGAUGAUGCUGUUGGCCUCCGACCUGGACUCCAGCGACGACUACAUCCUGUACCAGGUGGUCUCCUCCCCCCGGGCGGGGCAGCUGGUCAGGAAGACGUCCGCCCAAGAGGCAGGAGUUCCUGUGGACAGCUUCCUGCAGAGGGACCUGCUGCAGGGUCACAUGUUCUACCUGCACUCUGGAGACGAGCUGUUCGAGGACGCCUUCGACCUCACGCUGUCCGACAGCCACCAGCCGCCCAACCUCUCGCAGACAUAUACGGUGGUCAUCCACGUGUUCCCGGUGAAGGACCAGCUCCCGGUGGAGGCGUCCGGCAGCGUGCGCUCUCUGACGGUGAAGGAGACGGAGGUGGUUUACGUCACUCAGUCCCACCUCCACUUCACAGACAGAGAACAUCCAACCACGGACCUGAGCUACACCGUCACGCAGCCCUGCUUCAGCCCACUGCAUCCUGGGCUGAUGGACGCAGGACGUCUGUUCUACACAGACACCGCCAACGCCAUGAGGAGGGACCACAUGGUGCCCGUGUUAAAGUCCUUCACACAGCAUGCAGUGAACCACAUGAAAGUGGGCUUCAUGCCUCCUGUGGAGGACAUCGGCCCGGCACCGCUCUUCGUCCAGUUCGUCUUCUCCGUCAGCGACCACCACGGCAGCAUCUCCGGCCUCCUCUUCAACAUCACCGUCACCCCCGUGGACGACCAGGCCCCAGAGGCCUUCACCAACCUGCUGCGGGUGGAGGAGGGCGGCGAAGCCUUUUUGACCGAGGAGCACGUCCUGGUCCGGGACCGAGACAGCAGCGAGGAGGCGCUGAGGGCGGAGCUCCAGAGGACGGCUCGCCACGGCCGACUGGAGCUGCAGGGACGAACGCUGCUGCAGGGAGACGGGUUCACUCUGCACGACCUGAGAGGACUUCGACUCAGGUACAUCCACGACGACUCUGAGACCACGGAGGACGAGCUGAGUCUGAAGGUGACGGACGGUCUGAACUGGGCUCAUGUGGUUUUACCGAUACAGGUCCUGCCGAUGAACGACGAGCCUCCCCAGCUGGGAGGAGGUCUGCAGGGGGAGCUGAGCUGUGAGGAGGGGGGGCGGGUCCAGGUGACGCUGGACUACCUGUCGGCGACGGACCGGGACAGCGACGACUCCAGACUGACCUACAUGCUGGCACGGACUCCGGGUCGAGGCGAGCUGCAGAGAGCCGGACUGACUGUGGACAAGUUCUCCCAGCAGGACGUGCUGCAGGGACACGUCUACUACGUCCACACAGGAGGAGAAAUCGGACCCGAGCUGGUGCUCGACACCGUCACCCUCAUCAUCUCAGACGGCGAGGCUGGAGGGACAGAAGGCUGUUGCCAUGGGGACGCCCCGCCCCCACCUGUCCCCCUCCACGGCACGCUUCCCGUGUAUGACCUCAACAUCACCGUCCUCCCCGUCAACAACAAAGUCCCCUCCAUCACUCUGGGUGAGUCCCUGUUGGUCGUGGACGAGGGCUCCUCAGCAUGUCUGUGUGGGGGGGUCCUGGGGGCCUCAGACCCCGACAGCGCCCAGGACCAGCUGACCUUUCACCUGGAGACCCCGCCGCUGCACGGCUUCCUGGAGAACACGCUGCCCACGCCUGGAUCUGAGAAGAGCAACGCAGGAGUCCGAGUCGAAUCCUUCAGUCUCGUCCAUCUGACCUCUGGUUUCAUCAACUACGUCCAAUCUGAACACAAAGGGGCGGAGCCAACAGUUGACCAGCUGUCCAUUAGUGUGAGUGAUGGCUUGCAUCGCUCCGCCCACGUCCCCUUCUACAUCAUCAUCAAUCCAACCAAUGAUGAGACGCCUUCUCUGCUGCUCGCCAACUUCACCGUGAAGGAGGGUGGGAUCAGGGAGCUGACUCCGUCCAUACUGAACGGUUUGGACCUGGACGCCCCUCAGGACCUCCUCAGCUUCACCGUGGUGCAGCCGCCGGUUCACGGGCGCCUGAUCAACGGCAUCUACGGUGCCGAGAUGAGCCGCUACAAGGAGAUGGGGGCCGACCUCCUGCAGAGGAGCCUCCCCGUCACCUCCUUCACCCUGCAGGAGCUGCGACAGGGCAUGAAGAUCAUGUACAUGCACGAUGACACAGAAACCCUGGAGGACGCCGUGGCUCUGCAGCUGACAGAUGGCGUCCACACAGUCCGGGGGACGGCUCAGGUCACUGUGCUGCCGGUCAACGACGAGAAACCACGACUGCUCAAGAACGCUGGGCUGGAGGUGGACUCUGGCGAGCGGAGGGUGAUUUCCAGUGUAGCUCUGGAGGCCGAGGACAUGGACACGCCCCCAAACCAGGUGUUCUUCUUCAUCAACGCUGCACCGCGGUUUGGACCGCUGCAGCUCAAGACGGAGUCGGGUUGGACCGAGCUGUCGGCCGCUCAGAACUUCACUCAGCACGACGUGGAGCUGAACCGUCUGUGGUACCAACACAACAGCAACGCCAACGCCGCUGCCUUCAAAGGUCACGACAGCUUCCGCUUCACCCUCAGCGACCUGGAGAACGAGUCUCCUGCUCAGAGCUUCUUCAUCUCCGUCCAGACUGUGCACAAAGGUGACAUCGUGCUACUGAGCAAGGCAGUGCAUCUGAGGGAGGGGCAGCGGGUCGUCCUCAACACCGACAUCCUGCUGGCGUCUGACACGGGGGGGCGUCCGGAGGAGCUUGUUUACACUGUGUCUGUCCCGCCUCGACGCGGCCUCGUCCACGCCGUCCGGCGGCCCGGAGUCCCGCUGACCGGCUUCACGCAGCUGGACGUCGCCGCCCACAGAGUGUGUUACACACACGACAACAGCCACGACGCCGAGUCCGACUCCUUCAGUUUCGUCGUCAGUAACGGCGUCUCGUCACGCAGCGGCAGCCUCCACUUCACCAUCGAGCACGGUGACCGCAUCCCCCCGACCCUCAACCGCAAUGUCGGCCUCCGGCUGCAGGACGGGGCCACAGAGGUCAUCUCCGCCGAGCGGCUGCAGCUCACCGACCCCGACACCCCCACCGCCAACCUGAGCUACAUCAUCACGCAGCCACCGCGCCACGGUAAGCUGCUGCUGAGAGGAGCCCCCCUGACCCCCCCGCUGAGGUUCACCCAGAUGGACGUGGACAGGCUGGACCUGGCUUACCGGCACGACCCGGGCAGCCCGGCAGAGAUCGACAGCUUCUACUUCCUGUCGACUGACGGAAACAACAGAGGAUACCUGGAGUUUGGACAACUGAGAGAAGAGCCUGCUGUGUUCAACAUACAGGUGGACCAGGUUGACAGGACCCCUCCCAGUCUGACCACCAGACGCAGCCCCAGCACGGUGGUGGAUUUGGGGGCCGGACGUUUCGGCCUCUUCAUCACCAACAAACACCUGCAGGGGUCCGACCCCGACAGCCCCACGGAGGAGCUGGAGUUCUCCAUCAGCAGGCCUCCUCACUUCGGUUACCUGGAGAACGGCCUCACAGGGGGCUACAUCCGAGGUCGCUUCACCCAGCGGGACGUGGACCAGCGGGCCGUGGUGUUCGUCCUCCCGGCCGACAUGGAGGUGACGGCCGACAGCUUCGAGUUCCGCCUCACGGACCCGGCUGGAAACACGAUGCUGCCUGAAGUAUUAGAGCUGUUCUGGUCCCGGGUGGACUUGUCUGCGACCUGCUACAGAACCUGUGAGACCUCAGGGACCCUUCAGAUCCAGAUCCAGCGCAGUGGGAGGAGCUUGGACCCGGCGUACGUUGCGAUUCAGGUGGAGGAAGGUUCGGCCAAACUGGGAAGAGAUUUCACCCACAGCUCAGCUUCUCUCAUCCAGUUUGACCCAGGCGUCAGUGUGAAAACCUGGAACAUUUACCUGAUGGACGACGGCCUGGAGGAAAACCACGAGACCUUCACCGUCGCCCUGAAGAAUCCAAAGAACGCCGUCCUGGGCCAGAGGACGUCAGCGAGCGUGGAGGUCAUCGACCCCAGAGGAGGAAGCUGCGACCCCGAUGAACUGGUGGUGGACGAGGGCGGGAAGCCUCCACCUCCUCGCCUCCCUGACCCCCCCAGGCCGGAGGAGGACGAGGACCCCGUCACCGACAUCGAGGCGGAGCUGAUGUGGGAGAACCAGCCUCACCCUCCCAGAGGAGACGUCCCCAACCGCCGGCCCUACCUGGACUACGGAGAGCGGGAACCACAGGACCAGGCGGGGCCCGGCCACGCCCCCCCCCACAGCAGGAGGCUGCCAGGGACGAGCGAAGUCGGACAUGGAGGAGUAAAGGUUCAUCUGUCAGGAGAGAGGACGCCUGGAGACCGAGUGUGGACAUUCCACAGUCUGACUCCUCUUCGUCUGGAGGAACUGAAGCCGGAUGACUCUGCGUUGAGCUGGUCUCACAGUCGCCCCCUGCAGGAGGGGCGAGUUGGUGACACUCCUCAGAUGGAUCAUCCAGCACCAGAGCUACGGCAGCACAAGUCGUUCAGCAGCUCGUGUCCUGAUGGUUGGACUCACUACAGGAGACGUUGUUACAUCAUCAGCUCGUCUGUGGCGACCUGGGCCAGCGCUGAGAGAACCUGCUCGCUGCUGUUCAACAGCAGCUUGACCAGCGUGCGCUCCAGGAGAGACAUGUCCUGGCUGUGGAGGUUCUCCAGGAAGCAGCCGUUCUGGAUCGGUCUGUCUGCAGGUCCGAGGGGCUGGACGUGGGCGGACGGUCGCUCAGUGUCCUUCUCCAGGCUGAGGGGGGCGCUGCCGAGCCGCAGUGGCUCCGGGGGCGGCUGUGUGCUGGUUGAAAACCCCGGCAGCUGGAUCUCCUCGAGCUGUUCGGCAGAAACUCAACACGCAUUCAUCUGUUCAUCUCCGGCUCUGAGACACUGAG